CUGACGAGUUGCCCCGAAAAAAGAAACGGGAGUUUUUCGGAGAUAGCAGAAAAGUGCAGACGAAUGUCCGGAAUCAACGAAGAAAUUCCGCCCGAUCACGACAGUGGCGCAGUCGGUGCGGCCAAAGGAUUUUCUAGCAAGAAACCGUCGAAAAAGAAAUUAAGAAAAGCUCUGCAAAAAUCCAUGGAGGAAAAUAACUCUCUUCGUGAACAGCUAGAACGUUUGUCGUCCGACCAGCAAAUAGAUCAAAACUCGGAGCAAAACUCUGAUGCUGGAUUACGUCCCACGCAUUCUAGUACAAUGAGAGAGGAUGGUUCUGCCAAUGUUAGUACCAGGAACGAAUCGGUAUUGUUGGCUACUAUGAACAGUGUCACAUUAGGAUCCUUGAGUAUUCCGGAAUGUAUUCCAAAGCCGGGUAAAUCGGAAAUAGAUAAAGAAUCGUUUAAAUAUUGGAAAGAUAUGGUAACCGCUGCUUUUAAGAUGGCAAAUUCAGCCGACGAACAAACUAAGUGGGGAGUUUUCCAAAUGAAAUGCGGAAUGAAAUUGUACGAGUUACUGAAGUCUUGUCCUUCCGAACCAGGAAUGCCAGACGGCUUGCUGUCGCCGUUUUCCAAUGCAAUGGCCCGCCUUGAUAGAUAUUUUGGAUCACGAACGUAUCUUCUUGCUGAAAGAGGAAAACUCAUCAACAUUUAUCAGUCUGCAAAUGAAAACAGUAUUGAAUUCGUACGGCGUGUUUCAUCAGCAGCUAAGUUAUGCGAUUACACUGAGGAUGAAGAGAUGGAAGCAGUUGUUAGACAGCUAAUGAAAGGUGCUUCCGAUAGCUGUGUACGAAAACUUGCGCACAGAAAUUGGGUUAGACAAGGUUCUAUGAAAGAUCUCAUUGAUCUGGUACGUGACAGAGAGUUGGAGAAGGCAAACGAGGAGGAAUACCAGAGACUUCGAGGCCGCAACGAACAAACCUCAUCAGUGGCAAUGAUUGCUCACGGCACAGUACCUCGUCAACAGAGUUGGCGAGGUAGAGGAAUGCCACGUGGAAAUCGCGGAUUCCGCAGGGGAGGUAGAGGAUUCUACCAAACUUCGACGCGCGAUCAAAGAACAUCGUGCUGGAGAUGCGGAAGGUUUGGUCAUCACUCAUCUUCAUGCGGAGCAGCAGAUAAGGAUUGCCGCAAUUGUGGCCGAUGGGGACACAUCGCUCGAGCGUGUUCUUCAUCCGCUGAGGACUCUAAAACUAAAACGUGGAAACGACCAGCCUCAUCAGAAGACCAAAUUAUUCCAAAGAAGAUCGCAGCCAUUGAAAGCAAGUCCGAGCAAGAUUCCGAUAACGAGGUACAUAUUCCUGACAAAGACCCAGAGUAGGGUAUCUUCACUUACAAGAACUUAUUUUUUAAAAUAAAUAGAACCUCAUAUUAGAAGUAGGUUUGAGAUAUACAAUACCCAAUAAUUAGCAUUGUUAUGAGUAACGAAAAAAAAACUAUGUGGUUAUGACUAUAAAAAAAAAUGUAUUAAUUAAAUAUACGUUGUUGCUAAUAAAACUGAUCAGAAUGGAUAAAGAUUAAAUAAUAAGACAUCGAUACAU